CUUUAUUCUACUUUAAUUAAAAUUCUUUAUGUUUUACGGGGCAAAGUGUUGGGCGGUUAAGAAGACUCAUGUGCGUCGUUUUUGCAUACGGCGGAGAUGCGGAUGUUAAGAUGGAUGUGUGGGAAGACAAGGUUGGAUAGGAUUUCGAACGAAGUUAUUCGACGUCAGGUAGGCAUGGCGCCGGUGAAAGAUAAGUUGCGGGAAGCGAGGUUGAGAUGGUUUGGGCAUGUGAGACAGCGGGAUGUUGAUGCCCCUGUGCGGAGGUGCGAGAGGAUCACGGUUAUCGGGGGAAGUAGGGGAAGGGGUAGACCUAGGAAGAAUUGGAAGGAGGUUGAGCCGGGGGUCUCUUGGAAACAACCUCCAUACUUUCGAAUAGGGGCAAGACCCAGAAAAACAAUUAAAGUCUGGGAAUCCAUUGUUAUGCAGCUUGAUCACGUCAACGUUAAUGGAGGCGUGACCCCGUCCAGGAAAAGCUCGAUGAGUAGCAGCAACCGUACUAGCAUCAGCCGCCUCUCUUUUGAGCUCCCUGCCAGCUCGCCGGAGCAGGGCAAGGCGGCGCCUGUUAAGCCUCAGGCGGGGCUGGGUUCCCGGGACUUCAGCAUCGUCCGCCAAAUCGGGAGCGGGGACAUCGGGAGGGUCUACCUCUGCCGCCCUCGCGGCGGCUCCGGGGAGAAAGUGUACGCCAUGAAGGUGGUGGACGGCGAGGCUCUGGCGGUGAAGAAGAAGACGGAGAGGGCGGAGACGGAGAGGAAGAUCCUGAGGAUGUUGGACCACCCUUUCUUGCCCACUCUCUACGCUGAGUUUCAAGUCUCCCAUUUCUCCUGCGUCGUCAUUGAGUACUGUUCCGGCGGCGAUUUGCACUCUCUCCGCCACAAACAGCCUCGUCGCCGCUUCUCCCUCCCCUCCGCCAGGUUUUAUGCAGCCGAGGUUUUGGUGGCUUUAGAAUACCUUCACAUGCUGGGAAUCGUAUACAGAGAUCUAAAGCCGGAGAAUGUGUUGGUCAGAUCGGACGGUCACAUUAUGCUGACCGAUUUUGAUCUCUCUCUGUGCUCCGACGUGGUGGCUUCCGUUGAGUCGCCGGAGCGCUCUGCGACGGCGGCAGCUCGUAUUCCAUCUCCGUUUUCUUGCAUUCCCGGUGGGCUCUUCAGGUCGAAGAAGAUCCGGACGGUUUCCGACAGCCCAUUGUUCGUGGCGGAGCCGGUCGCCGCCCGGUCGUGCUCCUUCGUGGGGACCCACGAGUACGUGGCGCCGGAAGUGGCGUCCGGCGAGUCCCACGGGAACGCCGUUGACUGGUGGGCCUUCGGGAUAUUCCUCUACGAGAUGAUCUACGGCCGGACCCCGUUCGCCGGCGCGUCGAACGAGAGCACGCUUCGGGGCAUCGUGAAGAAGCCGCUGGCUUUCCCCAGCGAAGCGCCGGCCGGGGCGAGUGAGGCGCACGCGCGGGAUUUGAUAACGGCGUUGCUGGUCAAGGAUCCGAAUAAGCGGCUCGGGUCGAAGCGCGGGGCGACCGAGGUGAAGGCCCACCCGUUUUUCAUGGGGUUGAAUUUCGCGCUUAUAAGAUCCGUGACGCCGCCGUCUGGCCCGCGGUUCAGGAGAAACAAAACGACGCCGUCCAUUGGCAGUGACAGGCAACAUCUGCCGCCGUUUGAUUUCUUCUGAAGAAGACGCGACAGAGCCUUCGACGGAUAAUUUGGCGAGUUGCACACACUCGCCGCCUGGUUAUUUCGCUCACAUAAUUUUUAUUUUCCCUAGAAUUAAGAAAGACAAAAAUAUUUA